AUGACGAAGAAGAACAUAACUAGUAAUAAUAAUAAAUCGAAGACUGGCGUAUGCUUCUUCUUCACCGGGAUAAAAUCACAAGCUACCGGGGGUUUUCAAGCAUUUAUUAUCCAUUAUCGAGAAGAUCCCGAUCAGCAGAAUCUCAUCGAUUGGAUCCAAGAAGAUUGGUUACAAUGUUGCGGGAUUGAAGGUCCGAAGGAUUGGGAUCGCAAUAAUUAUUUCAAUUGUUCAUCGAGCGACAUCGGCUCGAGGGAAGCGUGUGGCGUGCCUUUUAGUUGUUGCAAGCGAAAACUUAAUGAAAUCAUUAAGAAUAAACAAUGCGGCUAUGAUGUUAGAAAGCCUAGUUACACAGGAGAGAGGAGUAUAUUCGAGCGUGGUUGCCUAAGAGCUGGCGAGGAGUGGCUAGAAUUAAACCUCGUACCUGUCGCUGGCACCGUGGUCAGCAUCAUGGUUCUCCAGGUAUAUUUUUUCCUGAAAAUUAUCAAUUAAGUUGGGAAGUCUUAACUUU